AUCAUUUGUUUCAGGACUCACAGUAUAAUUAGGUAAAUUUGGAAGAAAAACAUGUAAAUUCUUCAAAAUUUUAACGAUGACCCUGCCAAAGAGAUGUCUUUUAGUAGGAGCCCUGCUUCUGUUUUGUGUACCGAAUGCGCGGUCCGUCUCCCAGGACAAAUGCACAGCCAUCGCGCAGUUUUCAAAUUCUAAUAUCAGCUACGACUUUGUGCCGCAGAUCAUAAAGGCGCUGGCGGUCUAUCAACCAUGUGAUCCCGGUGAUUCGAAGUGCCUCUGCCAUGCCCAGACCAUGCGGAAAGACUUGGAGCCUUAUGUGGGCAAAGGUAUCUCACCAGAGAUGAUGGCUCAGUCCAAGCGGUUAGGCACCUUUUACCAAGUAAUCCGCGGGCGCAUCUAUCGCCAGGAGAACUGCUCGAAUCCCAAGCGAUGUGCUGACGUGGAUGAUCUCCUCUUGGACAUUGCCGGUGAUCUGCCAGAUCUAGAACUGGUUCUCAAUGUGCGCGACUGGCCACAGGUUCAUUUUCUGUCCGGUUUGAGUGGUCCGGUGUUUUCCUACUCCACCACGGACAGUCACCUGGACAUUAUGUACCCUGCGUGGUCGUUCUGGACCACCACGGGUCCCAUCCUACAGCAUUAUCCCCACGGUCUGGGUCGCUGGGACUGGAUGCGCCAACUUUUAGCGGCUAGGGCGGCUAAAAUUCCUUGGGAUGCCAAGCAAGCAAAGGUUUUUUUCAGAGGAUCUCGUUCUUCCCCGGAGCGGGACAAUCUGGUGAGGCUCUCCCGCAGAUGUCCAAAUUUGGUCGAUGCCCAGUAUACAGCUGGCCACCCCAUCGAUGCUGAUCCCGCAGAGGAGGUGUUUUUGGUCGAGCACUGCCAGUACAAGUACCUGUUUAACUUCCGGGGCGUGGCCGCCAGUUUCCGACUGCGUCACAUCCUGCUCUGCCGCUCGCUAGUGCUCCAUGUGGGCGACCAGUGGCAGGAGUUCUUCUACAGCCAACUGAAGCCCUGGGUGCACUACGUUCCCGUGGCCAGCGACGCCGAUGUGGAGCAGCUGGCAGAGCUGGUGCUGUAUCUGCGCGAGCAUGAUGAUCUAGCCGAGGAGAUUGCGGAAAGGGGACACCAAUUCGUUUGGCUCCACCUACGAAUGGAGGAUGUCCAGUGCUACUGGAGCAAGUUGCUCCGGGAAUACGCAAAGCUGCUGACUUAUAAAGUACAUCUGAAGACGGGCUUACUCGAGGUGUCCAACAAAAGAGCGGUCCAGUUGUAUCGCGGGUAAUAAUAUCUAAAAGUAUUAAUAAAUUAAAAACAAAAUAGGAAAAAUAAAUAACGCUUGAAAAU